AUGCAAGAUCAUGGGAAUAACUUAGAAAAAGUCACCUUGGAAAGUAUAAUAUUGAAGGUCAACCUUAGGAAAGUGUUGAUAUGUAUAAAGAUUUAGGAUUGUUUACUGCUAGUAAUCUUUCAUGGAAUCAACAUAUGGAUAAAAUAACUGCUAAAGGUAAUACUGUUUUAGGGCUGGUUAAAGGACUUGUAAGGACUUAAAUGAUAACGAUACUAUGAAAACACCUUACUUUACUCUUGUGAGACCUUUACUUGAAUCUUCAUGUGAAACUUGGAAUCCAGAUACUAAAUUUAACAUUGAUAAAUUAGGGGCUGUCCAGCAAAGAGUCACCAGAUGGAUUACUAGGUCUGAUGAUGAUCAUGAUACCAGUUUACCCAAGUUAAAACUGCUGUCAUUAUCCAGCAGGAGGUUCAUAAGAGAUGUUACAUUUUUGUUCAAUGUAAUUAAUGGACAUAAUGAUAUAACAUUUCAAACAAGCUCCUAUUUUGUAAGGACAGAAAUUGAAAUUAUAACUUGAGGAAAAAUGACACACAGAACCUUACUCCAAAUUUUUUAGUAGAACUAAUGGUUUCAAACAAAGCUUUUUAA